UGUUUCCGAUGUGCUGCAAGGGGGUCCUGCAGAUGGCUUGCUAUUUGAAAAUGACAGAGUGAUCCAGGUCAACAAUGUGCCCAUGGACGGUGUCCAACACACCUUUGCAGUGCAGACUCUCCGCAAAUGUGGCAAAGUAGCCAAAAUCACGGUAAAGAGAUCAAGAAAAAUUCCCGUCAGCGUGAUCAAACGUGGGCCGUCCCCAGAUGACCGCGUCUUCAGCGGCGACUACAAUGACGACUACGACUAUGACCACGACCGGCGCAGCGUCUACAGCAGCUGCAGCUACCCUGAUCCUGAUGCGAGUCUGGAGCGCGACCGCAGCUACAUGGAUGAUCACGAUCGUGACUAUGAGCGCAGUCGCAGGAGGAGUAUGGAGCGCGGCGUGAGCCCUGACAGACAGUACAGACGAGACGGCAGCCGCGGCCAAAUGCUGGACCACGAGCGCAGCCCCGACCGCCGUUGCCAAAGUGACCACAACCUGGAUCGCGACCACAGUCCGGACCGCCGCUACCGAAGCGAUCGCACGCUCGACCGCAACUACAGUCCAGACCGACGCUAUCGCAGCGAACACAACCUGGACAGAGAGCGGAGUCCAGACAGACAGUACCGCAGCGAUCGUACGCUGGACAGAUCACAUAGUCCUGAUACGAGGUUCAGGCCAGAACCGGCUCCGGGAUUCAGCAGAGAGAAUUUAGCCAGCGACCACGAGCGCAAGAGGUUGGAUCCGCGCCAGGAUGAAUCCAAGAAGAGGAGUAGCAGUCGAGACCGUCUGGAUCGCUCGCCCUCACCACCACCACAACGACACGAACCCUUGGAGAAGCCGCUCAAUGUUACUCUUCUAAAGAACCGCCCCAAUGACGAAUAUGGCCUUCGUCUUGGCAGUCAGCUGUUCAUCAAAGAGAUGACGAGCACAGGCCUGGCAUCCAAAGAACGCAAACUACAGGAAGGCGACAUCAUUCUGAAAAUUAACGGUACAGUCACAGAGAACCUGUCUCUGAGCGACGCAGGGAAGCUGAUUGAGAAGUCUCGUGGGAAGCUGCAGCUGGUGGUGCAGAGGGAUCGCAGUCAGGUGCUCAUUCGAGUCCCACCUAUGGCAGACAGCGACUCAGAAAUGGAUGAUAUCUCAGAGAUCGAGUCGUACCGCUCCUAUUCUCCUCAGGAGGACCGGCGGAGUCAUCACUCUGACCUCUCCUCACACUCCUCUAAUGAGAGACUGCAGGACAAAAGCAGAGAUGCGCCUCCUAACAGACUGGCUAAAAUGGGAGCGAUGCCGACUCCGUUCAGAGCAGUGCCGGUGGAGCUCCCGCCUCCACCUGUAGAGAAGGAAGAGCCUCGCAGCGAGUCUCCAGCUCCUGUGGUAAAUGCUGCUCCAAAAAGUGUUCCAGUGAAAGCCAAGCCUCUGCCAAAUGUUCCCCUGUGGCCCAGUCUGGAGGACCAGGAAAUAUACGGCCCCAACACUGUGAUGGUGCGCUUCCAGAAGGGUGAAAGUGUUGGCCUGCGUCUCGCUGGAGGAAACGAUGUGGGCAUUUUUAUCGCGGGCGUUCAGGAGGACAGUCCUGCCGAGAUAGAGGGACUCCGCACUGGAGACCAGAUUGUGAAGGUGAAUAAUAUGGAUUUUAGAGGAAUGAUUAACGGUACAGUCACAGAGAACCUGUCUCUGAGCGACGCAGGGAAGCUGAUUGAGAAGUCUCGUGGGAAGCUGCAGCUGGUGGUGCAGAGGGAUCGCAGUCAGGUGCUCAUUCGAGUCCCACCUAUGGCAGACAGCGACUCAGAAAUGGAUGAUAUCUCAGAGAUCGAGUCGUACCGCUCCUAUUCUCCUCAGGAGGACCGGCGGAGUCAUCACUCUGACCUCUCCUCACACUCCUCUAAUGAGAGACUGCAGGACAAAAGCAGAGAUGCGCCUCCUAACAGACUGGCUAAAAUGGGAGCGAUGCCGACUCCGUUCAGAGCAGUGCCGGUGGAGCUCCCGCCUCCACCUGUAGAGAAGGAAGAGCCUCGCAGCGAGUCUCCAGCUCCUGUGGUAAAUGCUGCUCCAAAAAGUGUUCCAGUGAAAGCCAAGCCUCUGCCAAAUGUUCCCCUGUGGCCCAGUCUGGAGGACCAGGAAAUAUACGGCCCCAACACUGUGAUGGUGCGCUUCCAGAAGGGUGAAAGUGUUGGCCUGCGUCUCGCUGGAGGAAACGAUGUGGGCAUUUUUAUCGCGGGCGUUCAGGAGGACAGUCCUGCCGAGAUAGAGGGACUCCGCACUGGAGACCAGAUUGUGAAGGUGAAUAAUAUGGAUUUUAGAGGAAUGGUCCGGGAAGACGCAGUCCUCCAUUUACUAGAGAUUCCCAAAGGAGAGGAUGUGACCAUCCUGUCUCAAAGCAAACCUGAUGUGUAUAAAGACAUCCUGGCAUCUGGACGAGGUGAUAACUUCUUCAUCAGAACUCAUUUUGAAUAUGAGAAAGAGCUUCCUCAGAGCUUGACCUUCUCCAGAGGAGAGAUAUUUAAAGUGGUGGACACCCUGUAUGACGGAAAGCUGGGUAACUGGCUCGCCAUCCGCAUGGACAAAGACAAUCAGCUCCUGGAGAAAGGCAUCAUACCCAGCAAGAGCCGAGCUGAGCAGAUGGCGAAUGUUCAGAACACACAGAAAGGCGCUGCCAAUGACAGAGGAGAUUUCUGGAGGCUGAGAGGUCAACGAGCAGCCAAGAAAAAAGACCUUCGCAAGAGCAGAGAGGAUCUGAGCGCUACACCCGUCACUACACGCUUCCCAGCCUACGAGAGAGUGGUGCUGCGGGAAGCUGGGUUCAGAAGACCUGUCGUAAUAUUCGGCCCUAUUUCAGAUGCAGCCAAUGAAAAACUUGGCAAUGAUCUUCCAGAUGAGUUUAUCAUAGCAAAGACAGAACCGAAAGACGCGGGCUCAGAGAAGUCGUCUGGUGUUGUGAGACUGAAUAUUAUCCGUCAGAUCAUCGAGCAGGAUAGACACGCUCUGCUCGAUGUCACCCCGAAGGCCGUAGACACCCUAAACUACACCCAGUGGUAUCCCAUCGUCAUUUUCCUCAACCCAGACAGUAAGCAGGGGGUGAAGACCAUGAGAAACCGCCUGGCUCCCGGCUCUAACCGCAGUUCACGCAAGCUUUACGAACAAGCAGUUAAACUGCGGAAAACCUGCUCCCACCUGUUCACUGCUACCAUUGAUCUGAGCUCUUCCCAUGAUGCCUGGUAUGGAAGUCUCAAGGAUGCCAUACGAGAACAACAAGAUAAAGCUGUCUGGGUCUGUGAAAGCAAGCUUGAUGGGUCUGAGGAGGACCUGGAUCUCCAUGAUGACCGUAUGUCGUACCUGUCGGCCAUGAGCGCGCACACAACCCAGAGCCGCUCUCACCACCACGCCGAUGAUGAUGAUGAUGAAGAGGAGUAUCGACGCCAGCUGGCAGACCAAACCCGCAGAGGCUACUACAGUGCCCAGAAAUACAACGAUACUGAACUCUAA